AUGUUGAAGAGGAAAAGGAAGGAUGAUCCGCCCAUCUACCAUCCCCCAAGUGUUUUCCCCAAAUUUGCCCAUAUGGAUCAACCAAAAAAACCGAGAGUAAAUGCAGGAAGUAGUAAGAAAUUUGACUUUGCUGUUACGGACGAGUCUCUCAAGCGGGAUACCCUGAAGAUGAUGCUUUCUGUGACUCGAAGCGACGACUUGAUGGUUAAACAAGACAGAGUAAAGGAGGUAACUUUAUUUAUGUUGUUUUUGUUGUUAUGGCAUUUUUUAGAUCCGUAAUUGGCUAGUUGCGGAACCAGGUAGACUUAGCGUGCUUCUUGUUACUGGUCCUUCUGGUUCAGGGAAGUACACAACUAUCAAAGUGUUGUGCAAAGAACUGGAUAUUGAGGUCAUGGAAUAUGAACAAAAUCAAUCUUUGGUUGCAUUUCGAGAUGAGAAUGGUGAAACACAGCUUGGAGAGGCCAAUCAGCUUGAAGCUUUUGACGAUUUCAUUGUUUCUGCAUCCAAAAGAUCGCUAGGUUAUGCGAAGAAGAAGAAGGUUGUCCUGAUUAGAGAGAUCCCCCAUGUAUUUUUAAAGUAAGGAGAAUUUAAUAAAAUUUUUGAUUUUAGAAACCCUCAUAAACUCUCUGAACUUCUACUGCAAAUGAGGUUUUACUGUAGAUCUUCCAUUGUAUUUUGUCUCACUCAGAUCGAUUCUUGUUGGGAAUUAAAUCACAGAAGAUUCUUUUCGUCAAUUCCGCCUCAAGAACUAUAUAUAACUCAUGUAAAAUUCAACCCAAUCGCCAAAAUAGAGAUUGGUAAGGCCAUCAAAACAAUGUCGGAACAUCUCGGUCUCAAUGUUACCACUGCCUUUAUCAAUGCUGUUAAAGAAAAGUCUAAUGGUAAGCGAAAUGUUAUUCAUAAUUAAUAUUUUCAGGUGAUAUGAACUCAGCCAUAAACAUGCUGGAGAUCUCAAGAGCUCAAUCUGCCAGGAAUAUGCAUUCCCUCCUCAGCUCCGCUGAUUUAAUGGCCGAGUUUUGUCAUUUUAUUGGCAAAAUAAUUUAUGCAAAAAGAGAAUCCUUGGAUAAUAUAAGUUUAAGGCAGAGGAUUGAAGUUGAGAAGAAAGUAAAGGAACCCUUUAGAAGGCCCAUCCAUCCAAAGGAUUCUGUGGACGAGCUGAUUGCAAUGUGUCCCACACAAAGUCGCUCGGUGAGUAUUACUUUAUAUUACAUAUCAUGAUGUAAUUUACAUAUCUUUUAGCUUGUGGAUUACGUGUCCGAGUAUAAACUCAAAUUCUUGAAUGACGCAAACUCACUCGCCCAUAUUUAUAAAGAUCUCUGUUUAGCUAACCAGAUUGGAUGUUUUUAUGAUACUUCGAAUGACAAUGUACUCGACAAAUACGCAAAAGAAGUCAGUGCUUUUUAAUUGUAAUUUCUAGUUUUUUAGUUGAUAGUAACCUCAUCUUUCUAUCACACAAAUGGAAAGUCGCUGACCAAAGGAAUAUUCGCGUUUUCCAAACCUUCAGGGCCUAAUCGGGACCAUUUGAGAGGAAUUAUGGGUGACGUAAACAAAUUGUUUCCCGGUGGAUCAUACACUCAGCUGUUGACAUCGUAUGUCCUGGUCUUUUAAAUAUUUGGUGUUGUUUCAGAACUCUCCCAAUGUUGACCAUGAUGCCCUCGAAGGCUUCGAUGAACGAAAUUUCCGUAAUCCAAAGUUUGAAACGGAAGAAAUAA